AGGCAGCCACAUCUACACAGACCAGGCAGAGCUAAUGAGACAUAAUAAAAGUAUGACUCUGUAAAGAUGAAGAGAUAAGAUGGAGGAAGACAAAGAUGACAACCCAGCAGCUGGAGGAGGAGGAGAGUCUGAAACCAAAUCUGUACCAUCUGCAGCCAAUGAGAAAGCAGUAGAAGAGAAGGAUACGAGUGCAGCUGAAAUCCAGGUGAAGCGUGAUGCAGUGAAGGAACCUGGUGUUACUGAACACUCCGAGAAGACUGAUGAAAACACAGGAGGAGAUGAAAUCAAAUAUGUCCAAUCUACAACAAGGAAAGGUGCCUUAGAUAUGGAUGCACGUGGAAACAAGGAUAAGAAGUCAGUGAAGAUGUUUGAAGAGAUCAACAGGAACAAACAAUAUCAAAGAGAAACUGAAACACUGCUCAGCAGACUUCACCUUCAAGACAAACAACAGAAGUUGACACCAGCAGAUUUUCUUAAAAUAAGUCCACCUGUAAAACAGGACUAUGACACAUCUGAGAAAGAUCUAGCUCAUACUUUUCUUCAGAGGUUAAUGAUGUUAGACUACAGAGCCAGAUAUAUUCCUGUAAGACAAGACAGUCCUGAGGUGAGCCAUUUAAAGCCUGAUCCAGUGUCUGACACUGUUGAGACAGACGACAAUGACUUUGAUGCUCUCUUUAGCACCACUGUAGAUUAUGAUCAAUCAAUACAGACUCAUGUGCAUCCAAUGGAUGUUCAAAUGGCAGUAUUUCACUGCUCAGACAGCUUUUUUAAGCAGAACAUGAUUACAAAGCUAUCACAAUGUCAGUACGCCUUACCGUUGCUUGUUCCUGACCCAGUCACAAUGGAUAUUGACUGUCCUCUGUGGACAUUCAGACAAAUUAGAAAAAGCUGGAAAAUAACCAAAAUCAAAGAUAAUUCAAAAAUUGUCACCAUGAAGAGUUUGCCCAUCUGCAAAGCUGAGACACCCAUGGUGUCAUUUCUCCGCCUGGGUUCACUAUCUCUGUCUAAAUCUCAGCUGAUGAACACUUUGAUCAACGACCGUCACAACACCUUCUUCCACAGAAACUGUCCAGGUAGCACCAAGUCUCGUCAUCUGAUGGAUGGUGUGGCAGAGAUUGCCUGGUACUGCCCUGCUGGAAAACCCAAUGAUGCCUUCACUGACUGCAUUGCCUUCUGUAAUCUUCAUGGUGAUGCUCUUUCAAUUGAUAAACAGCGUGAUAUACUGACAGAAAAAUCUUCAGUCAAUGUAGUUCUUGUACCAACUCUGGAAAAAGGUGACAAAAGUUCUGCAGUUAUCUCAGCCCUUUACAGGUCUCCGAAGCCUCUCAUUAUUCUUAUUGCUGAUAAUAAUUAUGGUGCAGUUCAGAUGAAAGGUGGAAACUACAAAAUUGGACUAAAGGACAGAAGCCAGUCAGAUGUUUCUGAAGAGCUGAAAAAAGUCAUUGGAGGAAUCUUGUCUGGGUCACAUGCAUCCUUCCAACUUGAAACCAUGGCUGGGGUCUCUGGAAUCAGAGUGGAUGAAGAUGACACAGUCUGCCAAAAAGGGAAAUCUGAUGCAAUGAAAAUUGUGAAGUUGCUUCAGGGGAUGGAAGUUUCAAAGAUCAAAGAUACAUUUCUCCCUUGUCAUGGCCAACUGUGGCAUGAGUGGUGCAGAAUAAACAAAGAACUGUAUCGCCUCAAAGGACACAUUGAGAAGGAGAAAUGUAAAAAGCAACAGGAACUGAUAGAAAAACGACAGCAUCAAUGCACUGCGUCCUGUAGUGAACUGAUCAAGUUGUUCAUUGAAAGCCUCUCAUCUUUGCCAUCAACAGACAAGGAGUAUUUCCUGAAGUGGACUCAGAUCUUAAUAGAUGCCCUCUCUGCAGAUGAUCUUACUUCAAUUCUCCAAAGGUAUGAUGCAACGUGGUCUGAGGUCUUGGAUUUGAAGAAGAGCCAUGACAAAUCUGAUCAGUUAGGAAAUAAGCAAAAAGAGCUUGAUAAAAUAUCAACAGAAUUACAGUCAGCAACUUUUGGCUUGGAGCACAUCUUUAGAGAAAUGGGACAGAUCUAUGAAGCACAUGCAUCUCUGCAGAAACAAACAAAGAGGGGACAGCCUGACUGGUCUAAAUACCCUGAGCUGGCUGCAGAGCUGAUGAUAUCAGGACACCCAAUGGAGCUGAUGGAUGGUGAUGCAGGUCAUGUGCCUUUGACUUGGAUCUGUAGUCUUUUAGAUGAAGUCAUCAAGAAAAUGGGCAACAAGAGAGUUUUUGUUUUGUCUGUUUUAGGCGUACAAAGCAGUGGAAAAUCAACAAUGCUGAAUGCCAUGUUUGGGUUACAGUUUGCAGUGAGUGCUGGCAGGUGCACCAAGGGUGCCUUCAUGCAGCUGGUCAAAGUGUCAGAGGAGAUCAAGAAAGACUUUCAGUUUGACUAUGUUCUGGUGGUGGACACUGAAGGACUGCGUGCUCUUGAGUUGGAAGGUAACGCCUCUCUUCACCACGACAAUGAACUGGCAACAUUUGUUGUUGGUCUGGGAAACAUGACACUGAUCAACAUCUUUGGAGAGAAUCCAGCUGAGAUGCAAGAUGUUCUGCAGAUUGUUGUUCAGGCGUUCAUGAGGAUGAAGAAAGUUAAACUUUCUCCAAGUUGUGUGUUUGUUCACCAGAAUGUUACAGAUAUUGCAGCUGCAGAGAAAAACAUGGAUGGAAAGAGACGGCUGCAAGAAAAACUGGACCAGAUGGCCAAACUAGCAGCCAAAGAAGAGGUCUGUGAUGCUGAGUGCUUCAAUGACAUCAUUGCUUUUGAUGUGCAGAAAGAUGUGAAAUACUUUGCCCAACUAUGGGAGGGAAGUCCACCUAUGGCUCCUCCAAAUCCAGGUUACAGUGAGAGCAUCCAAGAGCUGAAGACCUUCAUCCUCUCUAAAGCUUCACAGUCUGCUGGGAUUACUCUCUCACAAUUCAAAAGCAAAAUUCAUGACUUGUGGAACGCCCUGAUGAACGAAAAUUUUGUUUUCAGUUUCAAAAACACACUUGAAAUUGCUGUGUACAGAAAACUUGAGGUCCAGUAUGGGAACUGGACCUGGGCCCUGAGGAGCAACAUGUUGACCAUUGAGAACCAGCUUCAUACCACGAUAGAAAACGGAAAACUUGACAAGGUAGAGCUCAAUUUUCUUCAUAAAGAAAUGAACAAAACCUAUGAAGAAAUCAAAAAAGCAAUGACAAAAUACUUUGAUGAUGACAGAGACAAAGAAAUGUUGGUUCAGUGGCGAGGACAAUUUGAAAACAAAAUCAAGGAGUUUCAUAAUGAACAAGUGAGAGGAGUUAAAAGAAAACUGGAUGAAGUCCUCCAGCAGAAGAAUGCUUGUAAAAAGCUGGAUGAUAAGAAGACAGAGUUUGAGAACAAGCUGCUACAAAAGAGCAAAGAGCUCGCUCAUCAGUUAAAGGACAAGGCAAAAGAUGAAGAGGAACUCAAGAAGCACUUCAACUCUGUCUGGAGUGGCUUGGUUAGGGAACUAACUGCAAAUAUAAAACCUAUUGAGGACAUCAACUAUGAAGAAGAUCAGUCAAAGAUCAUACAGGAACUUGGUUUUGAAUGGUGUCUUAUAGAGGAAUCCAAAAGAGGUGGCAAAUACAAAAACAUAUCAGAAGUAGGUGAUUAUGGUCAUUAUGUAUCUCUCACCAAGGACCGAGAUCUGCGUAACACAGGCCAACAUUCCCAAGAUAAGGAGAGGGAGAGGGACACAAGAGGACCGAGAAUACGUUCUACUACAAACCAAUUAUUUGGAUUUCUUUCAGAAAAGGUCAAAAAAGCAGAAUAUUACUGUAAGGGGUAUUUUGGGAAUGAAGAACAGCGAUUGAUCAGAUCCCUCAUUGAUGAUGUUGAAAAACAGUCCCUUGAUACAAUUAAGAGCAAACCUGUCGCUACAAGAGGCUACAGUCUAACUUACUUGCAAGAAGUGGCCAACAAUGUGAUAAAAAUAGUGACAGAAUUUGAAUCAAAGAGGAAAUAUGCUCUAAAGAAGGAGUUUACAGUUGAUCUCAUACUGUAUGUGUUUCACAGAGCAGAGAGUUGGCUUUCAGAGUCCCACAAGAAAUUUAAAAAAACCAAUGAUGCACUCAGUUACGUAGAAAGCAAGAACACGCAAUAUUACAGCAUUUUCAGAAGCUUCUGCAAAGGAAACUCAUCUGCUGCUGUGCUUGCAGAACUGAUGUGUGAAAAACUGAAGGUUUCCACUGUUGAGGCUGUCUGUAACAAGACUGCCAUGGGUCUCGCUGAUGAGAUGAAGUGUACUUUCCCAGCAUUCAGUGGGAACAGGCUGAACUUGGAGAAACAUUUGUUAAAGUCACUGGCUGAGAAAGAAGACUUUGAUGGUUUUAAAACCUACAUCUGGAACCCAAGGAAGCAAGCAGAGGCCUUUAUAAAAGAGGAAGUAAAGAAAUACAUCUUCACAGACUACAAAGAUAAAGCACAGAAUAUACUCAAGAAAAAUGUUGAAGACAUUAAAACACUUCUGAGUCAAGCUUUAUUUGAUGCUACAGAGAAAGUCAAAACACAAAGUGGAGACUCAAAGAUGUGGGGAGAGGAAUUUUCCAUUUUGUUAAAAGAUCAGCUAACAUUCAACACCGCUUGUUGUCAAAACUUCAGUGACAUAAACGAUUUUGACUUUCUAAAAGAAGAGACAGAGAAAGGCCUUGUAUCUGUCAUAAAGGAAGUGAGCAGCCUCUCACUGGAUAAGAUGGAGGAAUUCAGGAUGAAGCCUGAUCAAAUCCUCAUCGAUCAUCUGUGUAAAUGUUGCUGGGUAACGUGUCCAUUCUGUGCAGCUGUUUGUACCAACACAUUGGAAGAUCACAGUCCUGACAAACACAAUGUCCCUUUCCAUCGCCCCCGUGGGAUUAAAGGAUGGCACCCUAGAGGCACAGUGGAACUGGUCAUUGAUUUCUGCACAACAUCAGUUGCAAGUGAUAAAUGUUUCUACCCCAGUCAUGAUUCAGAUGAAAGUUUUCCUUUUAAAGAGUAUCAAAAGGCUGGGGAGAAGUAUGCUACAUGGCAGAUUACUGCUGAUGAGUCUAAGCCGACAUACUGGAAAUGGUUUGUCUGUCGAUUUCAAAAACAGCUGGAAGAUCACUAUAAAAAGAAAUUCCAGGGAGGAGGAGAAAUUCCCAGUGAGUGGAGAAACUACAGUAAACCAGAAGCUAUUAAAAGUCUGGAUGACAUGUACAAUCUGUGACUGAGCCAGAAACAACCACAACCCUACUCAAAGUAACAGAAAGCCCUAAGUGCAUUUAGCUGAUUAAAAGAAAUAACAAUUAUUUAUUUGAUUAAAGUGCAACAAUAGUAAUAAUGAAGAUAAAGUGAUUCCAAAAUGAAUGAAACAGCCACCGUUUAUAAUUAAUUUAUAUAUUUUUUAAAUUAAGUAGAAAGUGAGGUGCAGUAUAACAUUAAGUAGAAAUGAUUCCU